UGGCCACGGUGGGCGGGGCACCGUUCAGGUGAGCCAGCUGCUCUUUCGGCCAGGAGAGGGUUGUGCCUACCUCCAGGUCUUUGUGCUCCUCGCUUGCCGUUUCCUUCUCCAAGCAUUUUCCAGGAUAACUGUAACUCCAGGCUCACCAUGGAUGCCCUGCAACUGGCAAACUCGGCUUUUGCUGUUGAUCUUUUUAAACAACUGUGUGAUAAGGAGCCAGUGGGCAAUGUAAUUUUUUCUCCAAUCUGUCUCUCCACUUCUCUAUCACUUGCUCAAGUUGGUGCCAAAGGGGAUACAGCAAGUGAAAUUGGACAGGUUCUUCAUUUUGAGAAUGUCAAAGAUGUGCCCUUUGGAUUUCAAACAGUAACAUCGGAUGUCAACAAACUCAGUUCCUUUUACUCACUGAAACUAAUCAAACGGCUCUAUGUAGACAAAUCCCUGAAUCCUUCAACGGAGUUCAUCAGCUGUACUAAGAGACCCUAUGCUAAAGAAUUGGAAACCGUAGACUUCAAAGAUAAAUUGGAAGAAACGAAAGGUCAGAUCAACAACUCAAUUAAGGAUCUCACAGAUGGUCACUUUGAGAGUAUUUUAGCUGACAACAGUGUGAAUGACCAGACUAAAAUCCUCGUGGUUAAUGCUGCCUACUUUGUUGGAAAGUGGAUGAAGAAAUUUCCUGAAUCAGAAACAAAAGAAUGUCCUUUCAGAGUCAACAAGACAGACACCAAACCAGUACAAAUGAUGAAUCUGGAGGCCACGUUCUGCAUGGGCAACAUUGACAGUAUCAAUGCUAAGAUCAUAGAAAUCCCUUUCCAAAAUAAGCAUCUCAGCAUGCUCAUCCUACUACCCAAGGACGUGGAGGACGAGUCAACAGGCUUGGAGAAGAUUGAAAAACAACUCAGCUCAGAGUCGCUGUUGCAGUGGACAAAUCCCAGCACCAUGGCCAACGCCAAAGUCAAACUCUCCAUUCCAAAAUUUAAGGUGGAAAAGAGUAUUGAUCCCAAGGCUAGUCUGGAAAACCUAGGGCUGAAAAAUAUCUUUAAUGAAGCAACAUCUGAUUUCUCUGGAAUGUCAGAGACCAAGGGAGUGGCCCUAUCAAAUGUUAUUCACAGAGUGUGCUUAGAAAUAACUGAAGAUGGUGGGGAUUCCAUUGAGGUGCCAGGGUCACGCAUCCUGCAGCACAAGGAUGAGUUCAAUGCUGACCACCCAUUCAUUUACAUCAUCAGGCACAACAAAACUCGGAAUGUCGUGUUCUUUGGCAAAUUCUGUUCUCCUUAAAUAGCAUAGUUCCAAAUUAAGUCUCCCCCUCCCCCCGACUUUUCAGUGGAUGUAAAUUUCUAUCCAGGGAAUCCUUUUCUAAAUAUGAUAGAUUGUUAAUGUUGCUGGAUCGGGAAGUAACCAGUCUUAUCAUAUGUAGCCCUCAUGCUAACAGGCUCACCUUUUCCAAUUCUUCUUCUUUUUUCCUCCAUAGAAGACAAUGUCAGACGCUUUUAAUGGAAAGGAAUCACCUUAGAGGAAAAAUAUUUAUUCAUUAUUUGACAAACUGUCCAGGGUUGUCGGCAGAAAUAUUAUCUUCCACAAAGAAAAUUCCCAGAAGGAGGAUCUGGAGGAUUUUUUUUUUUUUAAGACAGAGUCUUACUAUGUCACCCUUGGUAAAGGAUCUUAUUCUGAGAGCUAUGUCCUCUUUCCAUGGCAUAUAGAAUGUUCUAGAUGUCCUUAUUUUCCUGAAAGACUAAAGAAACUGUGGUGAUAGGACCCAUAAAAUUUCACUGGCUCUCAGCAAAGUUGGGCACAUGCUUAGGAGGCCUUAUGUUUCUAGGAGGCAGAUGUUUUUUCAAAGUCCAAAUUUUUAGAAUUUUAGAAAGGAUGUUGCACAUUCUAUAUGUUUUGGAACUCCACUGACAGAGUCUGAGACCUUACAAAUUAACAUAUAUAUAUCUGCAACAAAUGUAGAAUAUUUACACAGAAUAGAUAGUCUCUAAGUAUCCUACAAGUGGUCAAAUUUUGCUGGGAAAUAAUUAUGCUACCAGGUUGUGAAAAUAUACUGUUUACAGAACUUUUUAGAUUGUGGAAUGUUAGGUAAGGAAUUAAAGACCUCUAGUAGCUAAAGUGCAAGACCCCAAGGGGAAAGUCACAUCUUCCUGAAAAAUUGACUUUCUCUUUUGAUGGGUGUCUACCUGGUCAUUUGGUCGGUGCUAGACGGGUAGCAGGGGUUUCUAACUGUCUCACAAGGUUUUGAAUCUUGGACAUCAGGGAUUGAAAUGCACAGGGGCUCUCAAAAUAGCCAAUAAAAUAAUUUUGUGAAUGUUGAA